ACAUGCUACUAUGAGAAGGCGGUGUUAGCAUGAAAUCCAAAUGGUCUGAGUUUAUCUGAAGAGGGAGCGAGUUUUUGAAGUCAAAUAGAGUGAGUUGAAUUCGGUUGAACUCGGUCAGUGUUGAAUUUGAUGGCAAAGAUUGAAGCGAAGCUAGGGAUGAUCAUGGAUUCGGUAGGUCAGUUCUUCUCCGGCAAAGACCAUCUUCCCUAUUGCGACUCUGACAUCGUCGCGGGGUGUGAAAAGGAGGUACUGGAAGCAGAGAAACUAUCUUCUGAUGAACAUAUGCAAGAUUGUCUUUUGCGUUUAUCGUGGGCUCUUGUGCACUCCAAACAUCCCCAAGAUGUGCACCGUGGGAUAGCCAUGCUUGAAGCAUCUUUACCUUCUACAAAGGACCCACUGCAGCAAAGGGAGAAGCUUUAUCUUCUGGCUGUUGGAUACUUUAGAAAUGCUGACUAUUCAAGGAGUAGGGAUCUUGUCGACAGGUGCCUCACGAUUGCACCCGACUGGAGGCAGGCAGUGGCACUCAAGAAGGCAAUCGAGGAUAAGAUCACAAAAGAUGGUGUAAUUGGCUUAGGCAUUGCUGCUACUGCUGUAGGACUUAUAGCAGGUGGGAUUGCAGCAGCUGUGUCUAGAAAAAAGUGACAAUACUUUCUCUCAAACACAUAAUCUGAUAUGUAAGAAGCAAACAUAUAUCAUACUGGGAAUUUGCUGCAUCUUACUGCUUUUAUGAAAAAGAACGUGUGAACAAUAAUGUGUACAAAGCGGUGGAUAUGAUAUUUAAGUGCUAGAUGAGAUUUUUAGAGAUCUAAUGCAUGUUUUGGCAUUGAAAAAAUCUUGUCAUAGUUAUAAUUUGCUCCGUUUUUUUUAUGUUUUCGUAUCUGCCCAUACCCUCUCCCUUAUAAUGCAGUCCUGCAAUGUAAUUACUUUGAAUCACGCUUUAGAAAAUGUAUCCAUAAUUUGAUGUUCA